AUGGGUAGGGUGACUCAGUGGUCUACCUCCAAGGCCUUAACGGCCAGGGAGUCUGCCCUGGCGCUGGCAGGUUUAGCUGGGGGCAAGUCUACUUUCUUCUUGGUCCUCAAAGUGCACUCAGCACUAGAAAUGGGCAGCGGCCCGGCAGCCUGGGGAGGGGGCCGCUGCGCCCGGGAGCGCAGGGGGAGCGGCCGCCGCGCCGAGGCCCCAUUUGAAAGAAAAAAGGGCACGAAAAAGGAGGUGGUGGAGGAGGAGGGGGAGGAGGAAGAAAACGAAAAGGAGCGAGGAGAGGAGGAGAAAGAGGAGGAGGAGGAGAAAGGCGAAGAAAAAGAGACGGAGUCCCUCGCUCGGGCUCUGCGCGCUCUCCGGCUGCAGCUCUCUCCGGGCGAAGCUGGGAAUUGGGUGGGAUUACACGCAGCAGCCCCGCCGCCGCCGCUAGCCGAGCCCGGCUUGGAGAGGGCGGGGGUUCCCCUCCGUCAUCGGCGCCGGGCGCCCCCAGCCUCUCUCCGCCUCGCUCUCCCCGACGUCGGGCCGGGAGAAGCCGGCAGCAUCGGGAGCCUCCCGCCGAGGGCACCGCGGUCCGCACCCCGCUCCCGCAGCCCCCGGUCCGGCCCCGGCGGGACGCCCCCUCCCCUCCCCCCUCCGCCGCGCGGGGGCCCGGCCGGCUUCCGCCCUCCGGGGGCUGCGAAACCGGCCCCGGCCGCCCGGCCCCCGGGAGCUCCAGCCAUGGGCUCGGGGCGCGUGCCCGGGCUCUGCCUGCUCGUCCUGCUGGUCCACGCCCGUGCCGCCCAGCACAGCAAAGCCGCGCAAGGCUCCUGUGGCCAGCUCUUACAAGGGUCUCAAGUGCCUCCUCUGCCCCUGCCAGAUGUGGACGAAUGUGUGGAGGGGACCGACAACUGCCACAUUGAUGCUAUCUGCCAGAACACCCCACGGUCAUACAAGUGCAUCUGCAAGUCUGGCUACACAGGGGAUGGUAAACACUGCAAAGAUGUGGAUGAGUGUGAACGCGAAGAUAAUGCAGGUUGUGUGCAUGACUGUGUCAACAUCCCUGGAAAUUACCGAUGCACCUGCUAUGAUGGAUUCCACCUGGCACAUGAUGGACACAACUGUCUGGAUGUGGACGAGUGUGCCGAGGGCAAUGGUGGCUGUCAGCAGAGCUGUGUCAACAUGAUGGGCAGCUAUGAGUGCCACUGCCGGGAGGGCUUCUUCCUCAGCGACAACCAGCACACCUGCAUCCAGCGGCCAGAAGAAGGAAUGAAUUGCAUGAACAAGAACCAUGGCUGUGCUCACAUUUGCCGGGAGACACCCAAAGGGGGUAUUGCCUGUGAAUGCCGCCCUGGCUUCGAACUCACCAAGAACCAACGGGACUGUAAACUGACAUGCAACUAUGGUAAUGGUGGCUGCCAGCACACGUGCGAUGACACAGAGCAGGGUCCCCGGUGCGGCUGCCAUGUCAAGUUUGUGCUCCAUACCGACGGGAAGACGUGCAUCGGGGAAAGGCGGCUAGAGCAGCACAUCCCCCCUCAGGCCGUUUCUAAUGAGACCUGUGCUGUCAACAAUGGGGGCUGUGAUAGUAAGUGCCACGAUGCAGCGACGGGUGUCCACUGCAGCUGCCCUGUGGGCUUCAUGCUGCAGCCAGACAGGAAGACGUGCAAAGACAUAGAUGAGUGCCGCUUGAACAACGGGGGCUGUGACCACAUUUGCCGCAACACAGUGGGCAGCUUUGAAUGCAGCUGCAAGAAGGGCUAUAAGCUUCUCAUCAAUGAGAGGAACUGCCAGGAUAUAGACGAGUGUUCCUUUGAUCGAACCUGUGACCACAUAUGUGUCAACACACCAGGAAGUUUCCAGUGCCUCUGCCAUCAUGGCUACCUGCUAUAUGGUGUCACCCACUGUGGGGAUGUGGAUGAGUGCAGCAUCAACCGGGGAGGCUGCCGCUUUGGCUGCAUCAACACUCCAGGCAGCUACCAGUGUACCUGCCCCGCAGGCCAGGGCCGGCUGCACUGGAAUGGCAAAGAUUGCACAGAGCCGGUCAAAUGUCAGAGCAGUCCUGGUGCCUCGAAAGCCAUGCUCAGCUGCAACCGGUCUGGCAAGAAGGACACCUGUGCCCUGACCUGCCCCUCCCGGGCCCGGUUUUUGCCAGAGUCUGAGAAUGGCUUCACGGUGAGCUGUGGCACCCCCAGCCCCAGGGCCACUCCAGCCCGAGCUGGCUACACCGGGAACAGCACAAACUCCAACCACUGCCAUGAGGCUGCAGUGCUGUCGGUUAAACAGCGGGCCUCCUUCAAGAUCAAGGAUGCCAAAUGCCGUUUGCACCUGAGAAACAAAGGCAAAACGGAGGAGGCCAGCAGAAUCCCGGGACCAGGUGGUGCCCCCUGCUCUGACUGCCAGAUCACCUUUAUCCACCUCAAGUGUGACUCCUCUCGGAAGGGCAAGGGCCGGCGGGCCCGGACCCCUCCAGGCAAGGAAGUCACUCGGCUCACCCUGGAACUGGAGGCAGAGGUCAGAGCCGAAGAAACCACAGCUGGCUGUGGACUGCCUUGCCUCCGACAGCGAAUGGAACGGCGGCUGAAAGGGUCCCUGAAGAUGCUCAGAAAGUCCAUCAACCAGGACCGCUUCCUGCUGCGCCUGGCAGGCCUUGAUUAUGAACUGGCCCACAAGCCGGGCCCAGGAGCUGGGGAGCGAGCUGAGCCAGCAGAGGCCUGUAGGCCUGGGCAGCACCGUGCUGGGGCUAAGUGUGUCAGCUGCCCGCAGGGAACGUAUUACCACGGCCAGACGGAGCAGUGUGUGCCAUGCCCAGCGGGCACCUUCCAGGAGAGAGAAGGGCAGCUCUCCUGCGACCUUUGCCCUGGGAGUGAUGCCCACGGGCCUCUCGGAGCCACCAACGUCACCACAUGUGCAGGUCAGUGCUCUCCUGGCCAAUACUCCGUUGAUGGGUUCAAGCCCUGCCAGCCAUGUCCACGCGGCACGUACCAACCUGAAGCAGGACGGACCUUGUGCUUCCCUUGUGGUGGGGGCCUCACCACCAAGCAUGAGGGGGCCAUCUCCUUCCAAGACUGUGACACCAAAGUCCAGUGCUCCCCUGGUCACUACUACAACACCACCAUCCAUCGCUGUAUCCGCUGUGCUAUGGGCUCCUAUCAGCCUGACUUCCGUCAGAACUUCUGCACCCGCUGUCCAGGAAAUACAAGCACUGACUUUGACGGCUCCACCAGUGUGGCCCAGUGCAAGAAUCGCCAGUGUGGUGGGGAGCUGGGUGAGUUCACUGGCUAUAUCGAGUCCCCCAACUACCCAGGCAACUACCCAGCUGGCGUGGAGUGCGUCUGGAACAUCAACCCCCCACCCAAGCGCAAGAUCCUUAUCGUGGUACCCGAGAUCUUCCUGCCAUCUGAGGAUGAGUGUGGGGACGUCCUCGUCAUGAGAAAGAACUCCUCCCCAUCCUCCAUCACCACCUAUGAGACCUGCCAGACCUAUGAGCGCCCCAUUGCUUUCACGGCCCGCUCCAGGAAGCUCUGGAUCAACUUCAAGACGAGCGAGGCCAACAGUGCUCGUGGCUUCCAGAUCCCCUACGUCACCUAUGAUGAGGACUAUGAGCAGCUAGUAGAAGACAUUGUUCGAGAUGGCCGGCUCUAUGCGUCUGAAAACCACCAGGAGAUUUUAAAGGACAAGAAGCUCAUCAAGGCCUUCUUCGAGGUGCUGGCUCACCCCCAGAACUACUUCAAGUAUACAGAGAAACACAAGGAGAUGCUGCCAAAAUCCUUCAUCAAGCUACUCCGCUCCAAAGUUUCCAGCUUCCUGAGGCCCUACAAAUAGUGCCCAUAGGCCCAAGACCCAGGUUUUAAAGCCCCCAGACUCCUUAGCCCUCAGAGCCAGCAGCCCCCACCCUCAGAUGAGGAAUUCUCUCCUCUCUUUCUUUUUGGAGAAAAAAAAAAAAAAUCACUAUAGACCAAGCAGUCUCCCUUUCUGUAUCUCUAGCUUCCUUUUCC